GCGGCCUCGGCCCGACCGAAAGAAGUACGAGGCGGCACCCCCGGUCUUUCCUUCUUAUUUAGAGGUUGCACUCGAUCUCUUUCCAUGUUGCCUCGGGCAGGAGCUCCAUUUAUAGCUGCUGAGAGGUUUAACAAGAGAAUUCAUGCGUGCAUAUAUAUAAUAUAAAGCAAUCUUCUUCGAUCUACUGCCUAUAUAUAAAUAAACACAUAUACGUAUAUAGGUGGAGUUGUCUUAGAAUGGACCCAUAUGAGACCUUGAUGGAGAUUUCUCGUACGGGAAACCUUCCCCGUUUCUUUGAAUUCUAUUGUCAUCCGGAUUCAUUUCUUUUGGACCACUAUAUUGAUAGAAGAUUGCUUAUAGAUACCCCUUUACAUGAAGCUGCAUCAAUGGGUCACUCACACUUUGCCGCAGAAGUCUUGAGGUUGAAGCCCUCAUAUGCCUCGAAGUUGAACUACUCCGGCUUAAGUCCCAUCCACGUUGCUCUGCGCAAUGGGCAUGAUGAGGUGGUGGAAAGGUUGGUGGAGCAUGAUAGAAACACGGUCCGACACGAUGCGGGAGAGGGCAGGACGGCUUUGCAUUAUGUGAUUGCACAGCAAAAUAUAAAUCUUUUGAGAUCGUUUGAACUGUCUUGCCCAGACUCCAUUGAAGAUAAAACAAUUAGACGAGAAACCGCACUACAUAUUGCUCUACAACACUACAAUCCGAUGAUUUUUGAGAGGUUGGUGGGAUGGCUAAAGCGUAGGAACAAGGAAUACAUCUUAAACAAGGCCGACAUAGAUGGCAACACGGUCUUGCAUAUGGCAACAUCCAACAAUCAAACCGAGGCUGUGGAAUUGUUGUUAAGCAAAGAAUUUAAUAGAAAGAUGGAGAUAAAUGCCAAGAACAAGAAGAACAAAACAGCUUUGGACAUUGCCAUUGAUUUGGAAAGCCGUGUGAUUGAGGCUAAGCUACGCCGAGCUAAAGCAUUGAGAGGAGCCUCCAUUAGCCAUGAUCCCCUUGAAGGAAUACCGACGAUGGCACAAGAAGAAGAAGAAGAAAAGAAGCUGAAGGAUGCUACACUAUUAGCAGGAAUGACGUUCCAAGCUAUGAUGAACCCUCCUGUUGGAAUAGGAGGGAAAGAUGAUGCGAAGGAGGGAAUGUCGUUUCCUGAAGGAGCAAAUGUUGCAGGGACGGCAUCAACAUUGAAACCGGGACUCUUCUUUGUUUUCUAUUUGGUCAAUAGUGUGAUCUUUUAUACCUCCUUGCACACAAUCCAGCUCUACGACAGAAACCCAUCAAACAUAUCCAUACACUUCUUCCGUAGCCUCUACUGUGUGUGUGUGUGCCGAUUUGCCGGCCCCAACUUAUCCCUCACCUCGCUUCCUCAAAAUCUCAGUUUGGUUACUCAAUUGUUGUUUUUUGUGCUUUCAUUUUCAGAUACUGUUUUCAACAGACUGGAACACUUGGACUUGAAAGUUGUAGCAUACAUUAUCCCCUUCGUUCCGCUUUUGAUUGAUUUUAUGUUUACCCUUGUUGUCUAGGUUCCCGUAA